UGCCGCCCCAACAAAAUGCUGUUCUCGCUGCCUCUUCCGGCACUGAGGCGACUCAGCGUCUGGAGCCUGGGAGCGGAGCUCCUCGCGUGCCGGGGCUUUUCCGCGUCGUGCCCCCUCGGCCACAGCAGAGCCAUGACCAAGGGUCUUGUUUUAGGCAUCUAUGCCAGAGAAAAGGAUGAUGAUGCCCUUCAGUUUACAAGCGCUGGAGACAAAUUUGAUAAACUCGUAUCUGGAAAACUUAGAGAACUUUUGGCCCUAUCUGGACCUCCACUGAAGGCAGGCAAAACACGUAUAUUUUAUGGCCUUCAUCAGGACUUCCCCAGUGUUGUUGUAACUGGCCUGGGUAAAAAGACGUCUGGAGUAGAUGAACUGGAAAACUGGAAUGAAGGCAAAGAAAACAUCCGAGUCGCUGUUGCAGCUGCAUGCAGGCAGAUUCAGGACCUGGAAAUUACUUCUGUGGAAGUGGAUCCCUGUGGAGAUGCUCAAGCUGCUGCAGAAGGAGCUGUUCUUGGUCUCUAUGAAUUUGAUGAGCUGAAGCAAAAAAAGAAGACUGUAGUUUCUGCUCAACUCUAUGGGAGUGGUGAUGAUGAAGCUUGGCAGAAAGGAGUUGUGUUUGCUAAUGGGCAGAACCUAGCCCGCCACUUGAUGGAAACACCAGCCAACAAAAUGACUCCAACUAGAUUUGCAGAAGUCAUUGAGCAGAAGCUCAAAAGUGUGAAUAACAGUACAACGGUACACAUAAGGACCAAAUCCUGGAUUGAGGAUCAAGCAAUGGGAGCCUUCCUAAGUGUGGCAAAAGGGUCCGAUGAACCACCAGUUUUCUUAGAAAUCCACUAUACAGGCAGUCCAAAUGCAGAUGACUCACCAUUGGUGUUUGUUGGGAAAGGAAUUACCUUUGAUAGUGGUGGCAUCUCAAUCAAACCUUCUGCAAACAUGGAUCUUAUGAGAGCUGACAUGGGGGGUGCAGCAACUAUAUGUUCAACCAUCAUCACAGCAGCAACUCUAAACUUACCACUUAAUCUUAUUGGUUUGGCUCCACUUUGUGAAAAUAUGCCCAGUGGGAAGGCAAACAAACCAGGAGAUGUAGUUCAGGCGAGGAAUGGAAAAACGAUACAGGUUGAUAAUACAGAUGCAGAGGGGAGGCUCAUAUUAGCUGAUGCUCUCUGUUAUGCCCACACAUUUAAUCCAAAGGUUAUAAUAAAUGCUGCAACAUUAACAGGUGCCAUGGACAUAGCUUUGGGGUCAGGUGCCACUGGAGUUUUUACCAAUUCAACCUGGCUGUGGACUAAACUCUUUGAGGCAAGCAUUGAAACAGGGGACCGCAUGUGGAGGAUGCCCCUCUUUGACCAAUAUACAAGACAAAUUGUAGAUUGUCAACUUGCUGAUAUUAAUAAUAUUGGGAAAUACAGAUCUGGGGGAGCUUGUACAGCUGCGGCAUUCCUGAAGGAAUUUGUAACCCAUUCUAAAUGGGCUCAUUUGGAUAUAGCAGGAGUGAUGACAAAUAAAGAUGAGGUUCCAUAUCUGAGGAAAGGAAUGUCAGGAAGGCCUACAAGGACCCUGACAGAGUUUCUAGUUCGAAUGAGUAAAGACAAAGAAAAUUCUCAGUGAAGUACUGAUCUUAAUAUUCUUUUAUUUCAUCUUAAAUUGGAUAGUUGGGUUAAAACUAUGUUUUAUAAUAGCUUUCUAAACCUGGAAUAAAGUGAAAUACAUUUGGCUAGGAUCAUGAAUGCAACCAUUUUUCUUUAAAGGAAUAUUCAGUUAUGAAAGGCAAAUCUUACAUAGGACCUGACAACAGAUUUUAAAGAUGUUUAAAAAUUAAUGUUGAUUGUUUAAAAAAAAAAAUAACCUUUCCAGUUUAUGUAACUGAAUUAAGAG